AUGUCUGAUUUUCAAGAAUCAUUGGACGCGCUAUGUGCCGCUAUUCCAAGAUUAGGGGACAUUCUUAUGGAAAUUGGGUUUGACAAAUGGUCAAGAGCACAUUGUCCUGGCAAAAGAUAUCAUUACAUGACGUCUAACAGUGCUGAAUCUAUGAACUCUUUAUCAAAACAUCCCCAGAAAACGCCAAUAACCCAACUUAUAGAUUUUUUUCGACAGUCUGUCAAAAAAUGGUUCUAUGGUCGCCGAAACGAGGGAAUUCAAGGUAAACACUUGCUUACAGAGUGGACUCAUAAAAGAAUUCAAGCCAAAGUUGAUAAUUCUCAUUCGUGGAUGGUUGCUGGAAUUGGUUUGAACAGUUUUAACGUUGAAGACGGUAGAAAGAGAGGUUUAGUUGACUUCUCUAAUGGAACAUGCAGUUGUCGGGUUUUGCAAGUUUCUGGGUUACCUUGCGGGCACGUUAUUGCAGUAUCUAGAUUUUUAGGUGAACCCGAUUGUGGUCAUUAUGCGAUGUCAUGUUACAGUAACGAAGUUUAUAAAUCCACGUAUGAAGAACAGAUAAAUUCAAUCCCUCAUAAAUCAGACUGUGAAGUACCCGAUGGCUUGGUCGAUAUGCAACCACCGCAUAUUACAAAACGACAAGCUGGCCGUCCUAAGAAAAUAAACGAAUCCUAUCGCAAGGAGAGGAACCCACUCCCACAUACUGCGGUAAGUGCAGAACGUAUGGGCAUUCUCAUGCUAGUUGUUUAG